AUGCACUAGAAAGGAGAGAGAUACUUCUACAAAGAGGGAGACAAUAACUCGUGUGGAUCAUCACCCUCCCCGCUCCAUUUGCUUCCUCGUCUUCUCAGAGAAACACGUGAUGUGGAUGAUCGGAACGUGUGUGUCGACAUUGAUCAUCGUUUGGCUCGCUCACCGGGUUUACCGAUGGAGAAAACCCCGGUGCAACGGUUCUCUUCCUCCCGGUUCUUGGGGGCUCCCUCUCAUCGGUGAGACCCUUCAAUUAAUGGUUCCUAGUUACUCUCUAGACCUCCUUCCAUUUCUCAAGAAGAGAAUACAAAGGUACGGAAAGACAUUUCGGACGAGCAUGGCAGGUCAGGCGAUAGUAGUCUCGGCCGAUCCGGAAUUCUCCCAUUUUGUCCUUCAGCAAGACGGGAAGCUGUUUGACUCAUGGGCUCUAGACACGUACGCAAAGCUUUUCGCGCAAGAGAGCGAGGCCAGCACCAACAUCCCGAACGUCCACAAGUAUAUCCGAAGCACAGUACUAAAGCACUUUGGCAUGGAGGUCCUUAGGGAGAAGUUGCUUUCCUCGAUGGAAGAAGCGUCUCGAAUGACUAUAGAGAGUUGGUUAGGUCAAGAAUCUGUCGACGUAAAAUAUGCCACAGGAACUAUGGUAUUCGAAUUUGGUGCGAAGCAACUGUUAAGUUAUGAUCCUAAACAAUCUUCGGAGAAAUUGGGUGAUUUAUUCUUUUCAUUUGUCCGGGGCCUUAUGUCAAUUCCUUUUAACAUACCGGGUACAACACAUUACAAAUGCAUGAAGGACAAUAAGAAGGCAUUGUCAAUCAUUUGAGAAAUCGUAAAAGAUCGGCUUUUUUCGCCGGAGACGCAUUACAACGACUAUCUUUCUCGCAUCAUGACAGAUAUGAGCAGAGAGAAAUUCUUAACGGAGGAUUCGGUGGCGAAGCUUUUGUUUGGGCUUCUUUUUGUCAGCUUCGAUUCUCUUUCGACGACGUUGACAUUAGCUCUAAUGUUCCUUGUAGAGAAUCCCAAAGCGUUGCUAGAAAUCACCGACGAGCACGAGAUCAUAAUAAAGCAAAGAGAAGUUUCGGACUCCUCGAUCACGUGGGAAGAAUACAAGUCGAUGCCUUUCACUCUUCAUGUAAUACAUGAAUCGCUAAGGUUGGGAAACAUUUCACCUGGAUUGUUGAGGAGGACAAAAAGCGAUGUGGAAUGGAACGGAUACACGAUUCCCGCGGGCUGGGGAGUUUUGAUAGCCACUUCUGCUUUCCACUUGGAUCCCGAGACAUAUGAAGAUCCUACCACGUUCAAUCCGUGGCGCUGGAAGGAAUGCGAAUCGGAUACCAUGCUGAAGAAUUUCAUGCCUUUUGGAUGGGGAAUGAAACAAUGUGCCGGAGCGGAGUACGCGAGAGUUUUCUUGGCGACUUUUCUGCACGUCUUGGUCACGAAAUACAGAUACAUAAAGCUCAAGAGAGAUGAAAUUCGCCGAAAUCCAAUUCUAGACCUCGGGGAAGGCUUGCACAUCAAGGUCAUGGAAAGAUAGAAACAAAACUGCUUCCACCCUUUUACCAGAUAUCAACUUCCUUUGAUGUGAUGACUUGGUUUCGAUGUUUUCUUUCUGGGCAUAUUUCAUUGUUUAUAUGAAGUUUCUUUUUUUAAGAA